UUUUUCUGGGCUUUUGCGUUCGCUUCGGAGAUGUCCGGCCGCGGCAAACAGGGCGGCAAGGCCCGUGCUAAGGCUAAGUCGCGCUCGUCGCGGGCGGGGCUGCAGUUUCCUGUGGGUCGCGUGCACCGACUGCUCCGCAAAGGCAACUACUCCGAGCGCGUGGGUGCCGGCGCGCCGGUGUACCUGGCCGCGGUGCUCGAGUAUCUGACGGCCGAGAUCCUGGAGCUGGCGGGCAACGCGGCGCGAGACAACAAGAAGACGCGAAUCAUACCGCGCCACCUGCAGCUGGCCAUCCGCAACGACGAGGAGCUCAACAAGCUGCUGGGCCGCGUGACCAUCGCGCAGGGCGGCGUCCUGCCCAAUAUCCAGGCCGUGCUGCUGCCCAAGAAGACCGAGAGCCACCACAAGGCCAAGGGCAAGUGAGGCCGCCGCCCCCGGCGCCCUUUUACGGACACCAAAGGCUCUUUUCAGAGCCACCCAUCUUCUCGAGAAAAGAGCCACACUCAUCCCGCACCCCCUUCCCGGCCUGUGGCCUAGUCAUCUUGGGCGCGUCAAUGAGCGCUUCAG